CACACAGUCUCCAUCUCUCUGUUCUUCCUAUUUCAGUGCAAUUCAAUACCGAUUCAAGAACAUCGUCGAUCGAGUUCAGAGUUUCUGUUGUGGACGUCAAAAGCUAAUAAUCCAUCUCGCCCCUUUUCGGCUAAAGCUCACUGCAAUUGAUUUGGAUUCGAUUUGGGAGAGGAAAAGGAAAUCUAAAUUUGUUUUCUUCGCAAAAUUAGGGCUUUUUGUUUCCCCUUUUCCUUCCUGAAAUGUGUUUAAUGCGCACAUUUUUCAUUCCUGAGGAAGCUAAGGUUGGAGAAGAAGGCGAGUGGGAAAAGGAGAGAUAGAACAAUUAGUGAAAGCGACGGAUUGAUUCAUCGUCACCGCUGUUGUUCUUAUUAUUAAUUUCAGUAAAGCUUAUACAGAAUAUACACAGCUAGCGUUUACACUAGGAAUUGGAGAUAAUAUUCCAUCGUACAGCUUCGAUUUUAAUCUGCUUUACUAGAGAUGUCGACGAGCUUAAUUACUGAUUCGAUGGCGACCAAAAUUUCUGGUCAAAAUGAAGUCGAUUUCGCGAAAUGCGAUUGCUGCGGGCUUACCGAGGAAUGCACUCCUUCCUACAUCGAAACAAUUCGCCAAAGAUAUGGUGGAAAAUGGAUCUGCGGCCUAUGCGCCGAGGCAGUUAAAGAUGAAAUCGUUCGUUGUCAGAAGCUGAUAAGCCCUGACGAGGCGAUAGACAGGCAUUUCAGCUUCUGCAACAAGUUCAGAACCUCCGGGCCGCCACAGGAUCCAACGGCUCAUCUGAUCCGUGCGAUGAGGCAGAUUUUGAUGAAGAGUUUGGAGAGCCCGAAAUCUCUGAGAUCAAUGCCGAGUAGCCCGAUGAACAAGGGCGGGGAGCUCAAAUUGAAAGGCACGGUACUGGCGAGGUCGGAGAGCUGUAUGUCGAGCUUAGCCCUUGUCGAUCCGUAGGGAUAAUGUCGAAAUAAUCGAAGAGGAAACCGGAGAAUGGGUAGUUCUUGAUCUUGAUUUAAUACAUGAAUUAUGUAAGAUGUGAAGAGAAUAAUAACAAAUAAUGUUUUAUGGAUUGACAGCAAAAUAGAAGCAAUUGGUUAGUACUUGAUUUUGUAUAGAAUGUUAUUGUCACUCUAUUCGAUCUAUUGCUUGUGAAUCCAUAAAUAUUCUUGAGUGUGUGUGUGUUCUUGAAUCUUGUAAGUGAGAAUAUUUGUUAAAUGAA